AUGGCUCCGAAAAAGAAGGCAAACAAGGGGGCCAAGGAGCCUGAGGUUAAGAAGAAGAAAGGGGGCAAGAAGGAUCCCGAUGUGGCCACAGACGUGACUUCAGCCGAGGAGCUGCGGGAAUUCUACCACAUCCAGAUCCGAGACCUGGAGGACAGGCUGGCUCGGUACCAGCGGAAGUGGGAUGAGCUGGCGGUGCAGGAGAAGCUGUUCCGCCAGGAGUUUGAGCAGCUGGCCAACAACAAAAAGGAGAUCGUGGCCUUCCUCAAGCGCACGCUCAACCAGCGGGUGGAUGAGAUCACCGACCUCAAUGAGCAGCUCCAAAGCCUGCAGCUGGCCAAGGAGAUAGAGAAGGAUGCCUUCGAGGCACAGCUGGCCCAGGUGCGCCACGAGUUCCAGGAGACCAAGGACCAGCUCACCAUGGAGAACAUCAUCAUUGCGGGGAAGCUGGCAGCCCUGGAGGAGUUCCGGCUGCAGAAAGAGGAGCUCACGGACAAGUUCACAUCGCUGGAGGACCAGCUGGAGAGGCAGGAGAAAGACUACAAGGAUUACCUGUACAGCCUGGAGAAGAAGUCGGUGCUGGACAAGGACAGAGUGAAGAAGGAAAUCAUUCAGCGUUUGACCCUGGUGGCCACGGAGUUCCGCAAGGUGGCCACCAACCAGAUGUGGGACACGACAAAGCGGGCCAUUCUGGAGAACAACACUGUGACCCUGCAGCUGUCCAAGGUCUCCGAGCACGGCAUGAGGCUACUGCACGAGAACGCCCGACUCAAGGGCGCCCAGGACAAGCUGUGCAAGCAGCUGGAGCUGCUGGAGGACAACACGAAGAUGAUGGCCACGCACAGCAGGAGCCACCAGCAGGUCAUCCUCGCGCUGAUGGAGAGGUGCCGCGAACAGCAGCAGGGCCUAGAGGAGGCUGAGCAGCUGCACCUCCUGCUGAGCCAACAGGAGCAGAACCUCCUGCAGCUGCAGAAGGCCAAGGAGGCACUGAGGAGCCAGAGAGAGCAGCUGAACCUGCAGCUGGACCGGCAGCAGGCAGAGGUGCAGCGGCUGCAGCGGGAGCUGACCAAAGAGCGGAAGGUCCGGGCCAGCCUGGAGACAGCCCUGGGCCAGGCCAUGGCCUUCCUACAGGACAUUCUGCAGGUGCAACCAGAGGAAGAGGACGGCAACUUUGACAUAGCGUUCCACCUGCAGCGCAGGGAGAUGCUACAGCAGCUACUGGCCAUGCUCAGCUCAGCCAUUGUCCUAAGGUCCCAGAUGGAAAGCCAGUCCCGUGGCCCGAAGGAGAGCCAGUCCAGCACCCAGCUGCCCAAGGCCGUGUCCCUGCAGCAGCAGCUGUCCAGCAUCACACCCUACCAGCUGGGGGACCUGGGCCUGGUGCCUCGGCGGGCCCACAUCCCACCCAACCCUGAGGACCUCAGGCUGCUCUCACGUGCCACCCGUGUGAGAACAUCCCACACACACAGCAUCGCUGCGGUCCACACGGCUGAUUCUCCAAAAACGUUCAAAAAGUUUAGUCUUCCUGAAGUCCCCCUACUUUCUAAGUAAAACACA